GAUUGGAUAAACUAUCACUGGAUAAUAUUCCGAGGUCGGUAAUAGUGUUCUUGUUUUGACGUUUAUAUAAUCAUUUAAGGAUGAAAAUGGCGUCUGAUCAAGAAGGUGAUGCCGAAAUGAUACAAGAAUGUGAGGAGUAUGUGAAAAAACACAGAAUUCAAAUUGUUUUAAAAGAUGCCAUUGUUGAGCUCUGUAUAAACAAACCUGAUAAUCCAUAUAAAUUCUUACGCGAUCAUUUUGAUAAGCUAGAAAAGGAAGCUCUCAUAGCUCCUCCACAUGAACCUGAACUUCUUCCAUCAGAACCACCACCACUCUCUUCCACUACAAAAAGAAGAAGAGGAGCAGUUAGUGCUGCAGUAAUUUCUGAAGAAGAUGCUGCUUCUUAUGUCAAAAAGGUGAUACCAAAAGACUAUAAAACAAUGGCUGCCUUAUCAAAGGCUAUUGAGAAAAAUAUUUUGUUCUGUCAUUUGGAUGAUGCUGAAAGAAGUGAUAUUUUUGAUGCAAUGUUUAUGGUAAAACACUCUGCUGGCGAAGUAAUCAUUUUGCAAGGCGAUGAAGGAGACAACUUUUAUUUUAUAGACUCAGGAGAAGCUGAAGUCUAUGUAAAUGAGCAGUUUAUGGUAUCAAUAAGUGCUGGCGGAAGUUUUGGUGAAUUAGCUUUAAUUUAUGGAACACCAAGAGCUGCAACAGUCAAAGCUAAAACAGAUGUUAAAUUAUGGGCAAUAGAUCGUGUGACAUAUCGUCGCAUUCUUAUGGGCAGUACAAUGAGAAAGCGCAAGAUGUAUGAGCAAUUCUUGGAAAAGGUUUCUAUUUUAGAAUCUCUUGAUAAAUGGGAGCGUUUAACAAUUUGUGAUGCAUUGGAACCUUGCAGUUUUAAUGAUGGAGAUGAAAUCGUUGUACAAGGAGAACCAGGCGAUGACUUUUAUAUAAUUGCCGAAGGUCAAGCAUCUGUUCUUCAACGUAGAAAUCCAAAUGAAGAACCAAUUGAAGUUAGUCGAUUGGGUGUUUCUGAUUAUUUUGGUGAAAUUGCUCUGGUUCUUAAUCGUCCAAGAGCCGCUACGGUUGUAGCACGUGGAGCAAUUAAAUGCGUUAAACUGGACAGGGAGCGGUUUGAGCGUGUUUUAGGUCCGUGUACAGACAUCCUAAGAAGAAAUAUUCAGCAAUAUAACAGUUUUGUUUCUUUGGUCGUGUAGUUUUGUUAAUAAUCAUUAUUUAUCAUAUA